AUGUUACGCUUUUUACUCAUCAUAUUCCUUGUAUUUAUUUCAUCCACAUUAUCAUCACGUUUAAAAUAUCGUGCAUCAGUAAAAGAAAAUGUAAAUUUAUAUCAUACAAUAACAUCACUCGAUAAAAUGUUAUCAGUUAAUUAUCAACAAUCAAUUGAAUUCUUAAAUUUAAACUCUCCAUAUACAACAUAUUUUCUUGUUGAUGGACAAAAACUACGUACGAGCCGUUUAAUUGAUCGCGAAGAAUUUUGUCGUAUUCGAUUAUGUGAAAAUUCUCUAUGUCAUCCGUGUGAAAUCGAAAUGGAUUUUGUUUUAAAAGAAAAUGGUCAACCAUCUGAUAUUAUUUCAUUAAUAUUAACUGUUGAAGAUGUAAACGAAUUUCGACCACAAUUUCUGGAUGUAUCAUCAAAUGAUCAAGUUAUUCAACUAAACCUUAGCGAAGGCGUGCCUGUUGGACACGUGUUACCCAUUCCAAGUGCUACAGAUAAAGAUGGUGAAGAUGAUGAGCUUAUUUAUUGGCUUGAAAAGACUGCAAAAAUUCCAUUUGAACUUGUUUCAUUUGGAUCGAAUCAAAUUGCUUUAAACGUAACCGAACCGUUAGAUCGUGAAAUACGUGAUUUUUAUGAAGUUAAAUUAACAGCUAGUGAUCGAGGAAAUUUAACAUCAACAAUUCCUAUACAUAUAUCGAUAAGUGAUAUUAAUGAUAAUGUACCAGCAUUUGAUCAACAAUAUCCAUAUACAAUAAAUAUAUCUGAAAAUACUUUACCUUCGUUAACUAAAUCAUUAAUUCGUAUACAUGCCGUUGAUAAUGAUUCGAAUGACAAUAGUCAUAUAUCAUAUCAGUUUAGUCCUCAAAUUUCAGAAUUAAUUCGUCAAACAUUUCAAUUGAAUUCUGAAACAGGCGAAUUAUUUCUUCUUCAAUCACUUGAUUUUGAACAAUAUAAAGAAUAUCGUAUACAAGUAACAGCACAAGAUUCAGGUCCGGUAUCGGUUCCUGUCUAUACGACUAUUGUUGUUAGUGUGGAAGAUGAAAAUGAUAAUGCUCCGAUAAUGAAUAUACGUGUAUCAGAAUAUUUUCAUUUAAUUAAUGAUACAUUGUAUAUAAGUGAAGAAACACCAUUAAAUACAUUACUAAUGCAUAUUAUCGUUCAAGAUUUUGAUUUAAAUUUAAAUGGUAAAGUUCAAUGUUGGAUUGAACCAUCGGAACCAAAAUUCAAUAUAACAAAUGCAAUCAAUAAUAUGUUCGCGGUUUACACAGAAGAAUUAUUUGAUCGUGAACAACAUUCUAAUUAUUCGAUAGUUUUAAUUGUUGAAGAUAAUGGUUUAAAAAAUCGUCAUCGGACAGUACGUGCACUUCAAUUAAUUAUCACUGAUAUAAAUGAUUCUCCGCCCAUAUUUACUCAACCAUUUUAUAUUGUAACAAUAGAAGAGGAAAAAGAAUAUAAACAAGCAAUAAUACAAAUUCAUGCAAAUGAUGCAGACUUAAAUGAAAAUAGUCAAAUAUCAUAUGAAUUAAUUACCAAAGAAUACAAAUAUUUAUUUAAUUUAGAUGAAAAAACAGGUGAAAUAUUUUUAGAAAAUAAACUUGAUAGAGAAAUCAAAUCUGAAUAUAAUUUAACCAUACGUGCAUAUGAUCAUGGAAAAUAUCCAAAACAAUUAUCAACGGAUGUUUUAGUUUACAUUUAUCUAUUAGAUAACAAUGAAUUUAAACCUCAAUUUGAACACAAUAAAUAUAUAUUUCAUAAUAUUAGUGAAACUAUUUCAGUUAAUUCAUCAAUUGGUUUUGUUAAAGCCGUUGAUAGUGAUAAUAAUAUAAUCACCUAUUCAAUUAUAUCAUCAGAUUUAAUGAUUAAUUCUUUGACAGGUGAAAUAUUGCUACGUAAACAACUUGACUAUGAUACAAGUCCUUGUAUAAAUGCUAUAGUCGUAGCAAACGACAAUGGCGGCUAUAAUUCUACAUGUCAAAUUGAAAUUUGUCUUAAACCAAUAAAUGAAUUUUCACCAGAGCUUCAUCCUGAAUCUCGUCUCAUUUAUGUCAAUAUUGAUAAUACAAGUUUAAUACAUUUAAAUGCAAAUGAUCGUGAUCGUUCACCAUCAAGCUUUAUAUCUUAUCAAUAUGGGCAAGUAUCAAAAUGUAAUUUAACAUUUUUACAUCUAUCAUCAAAUGGAACGAUUUAUUUAAAUAAAAAAGAAGAAUGUACGGGUAUUAUUGAUCUUAUGAUAUUAAUUAGUGAUAAUGAUCAGUAUCCGUCAGCAAAACUAACGAAUCAAACAAUCCGUUUGAUUUUUUAUUCAAAUUUAACACCACUUAAACAAGUUCUGUCAGAAGCAUCCAUGUCAAUGUUUGCAUAUAAAAAGUUUCAAAAUUUUUCAUUGGAAACAAUAACGACCGAAAUGAUUAUUAUAUUUAUUAUUAUUAUUAUAUUGAUAUUUAUUUUGUUAAUUGUUUGUCUAAUUACUUGCAUUACAUAUCGAAGACGAAAAUUAUCGAAGCACUUAUUAAAACCCACUAAAUUACAUAUCAAACAAUCGCCAUCGCCUUUAAUAAAUUUAUCUCAGAAACAUCUUACCCUUCUCACCUCAUCAUCACAAGCAAGCAAAGAUCGAAUCUGUUUUACAGAGAAUCAUUGUUUACUCAGUGGUAGUAGUCUUGCAAAUGACAUGAGCACUAAUAGUCCUUAUACUAAAUUACAACAAUCAAUAAAAACAAAUGGAAAUAGUGAUACAAGUUCAUCAUACAAUGAUUCAUGUUAUGGAUCAUCUGAAAUGGAUGUAUGCCAUCACAAUCAUCAUCAUCAUCAUCAGUCCGUAGGAAAUAAAUUAGUCAAACAAGACAUAGCAAUAACGACACCAAUGACGGAAACAACAGGCAAAAUUCUCUUGUCAUCUAAUGAAAAUUAUAUCAUACUAUGUAAAGACAGUAGUGCAAGUAGUGAUGAGACUAACUCAUCAAGCCCAACCUCAUCAUCAUCAUCAUCGCCAACAACUAAUAAUAAUAGUCUAAUAACAACAUGUCAACCAAAUAAACGAACAGGGACAACACAGCAAUAUCGCACACAAUUAAAAUCAAAAUCAGAUCAAUCAAACAAAAAGAUAGAUUUCUUUCAAAACGAUGAUGAAUACCGUAAAGUACUGGGUUCAACAGCAUCGUUUAAUUAUCGAAAUAUUACACCGCUUAACGAAUAUUAUCUAUAG